CUGGAAACCACCACUACUCGCGCCGCUCGCUCGGUCAUCCAUGGCGACCUCCUCCACUCCGCCUGCUGCUUCCCACGCCUCCCUCUCCCCCCGUCUCUAGGUUCGUUCGUUCCACGUCGCCGUCCACCCCUGUCCACAGCCGCGACAAACUCUUCCUCAGACCCACGCCACGUACGAUGCCUCUCUCCCCUUCCCCUUCCCCUCCGCCCAACGCCACCGCCGCCGCCGCCGCCCUGCCCCUCCUCCUGCUGCUCGUCUGCGCCAGCAGCAUUGCCGCGCAGCCGCUGGCGUCGUCGCAGGCCAAGGCGCUCCUCCGGGUGCGCCGCCUGCUGUUCUACCCGCCGGCGCUCGAGCCGCUGCGCGGGGCGCCGGACCCCUGCGCGCUGCCGCCCGCGCCGGCCCUCGCCGUCGCCUGCGAGGGCGGCCAGGUCACGGCGCUCUCCGUCCUGGGCGACCGCGACCCGGACGCGGCCUGGCGCGCCGCGCUGCCGGCCAGCUUCUCCUCCGAGGCGCUGUUCACCACGCUCACCAGGCUCCCGGCGCUCGCGCGCCUCUCGCUCGUCGGCCUCGGCGCCUGGGGCCCGCUCCCGGGCGCCAAGCUCCGCCGGCUCCAGGCGCUGCAGCAGCUCAACCUCAGCUCCAACUACUUCUACGGCGCCGUCCCCGAUGGCCUCGCCCGGCUCUACUCGCUGCAGAGCCUCGUGCUGUCCUGGAACUGGCUCAACGGCACCGUGCCGUCCCUGUCCGGGCUCCAGUUCCUGGAGGAGCUCGACCUGUCGCACAACCGGCUCGGCCCGGCGUUCCCGGACGUGGGGAGGUCGGUCGCGCGGCUGGUCCUGGACGACAACAACUUCACCGGGGGUAUCCCGGCGGGGGUGAGCUCGCUGGGCCUGCUCCAGUACUUCGACGUGUCCGGGAACCAGCUGCAGGGUUGGAUCCCCUCCUCCGUCUUCGCGCUCCCGGCGCUGCGGUACAUCAACCUCUCCCGCAACCGGCUGGCGGGCCAGCUUCCCGCCACCACGGCUUGCGCGGAGGCGCUGGCGUUCGUGGACGUCUCGGCGAACCUGCUCACUGGGGCGCGCCCGCCGUGCAUGCGGGGCAAUUCCUCGGCGCGCACGGUCCUCGUCGCGGGUAACUGCUUCGCCGACGCCAAGCAGCAGCGGGCCAGCUCGUACUGCAACCCCGGCGCGCUGGCCGCCGUGCUGCCGCCGCCGCAGGGCAACGGAGGAGGAGGGCAGGGGACGGGGAAGGGCCGCGAGAUCGGGAUGGUUCUUGCGAUUGCCGGCAGCGUCGUUGGUGCCGCAUUGCUGAUUGCGCUGGCCAUGGUGGUGGUCCUGAGGAGGGCGAGGAGGCAGCGUCCGGAGGCGACCAUCCUGCCGAAGUCGCCCGCGGCGACACCGACCAACAAGGCGGAUGGAUGGAAGGCUCCGGCUAAGGCAACCCAGAAGAUUAUUACUACUGCUGAUAAGAGACAUGCAUCACAAGCUGCAAGGGUGAAUACACUGGAAGUACCAGCCUACCGAGUGUGUACACUGGAGGAGCUCCAAGAAGCAACCGACAAUUUCAGUUCCUCCAACCUAAUCAAGACUAGUCCUCUUGCACAGGAUUAUAAUGGUCAGCUUCAAGAUGGUUCACGAGUACUGGUUAGAUGUUUGAGGCUGAAGCCGAAGUACUCCUCCCAGAGCCUUGUCCAAUACAUGGAGAUUAUUUCUAAACUUCGGCACCGUCAUUUGGUCAGCAUCAUUGGUCAUUGCAUUGUCAGUGAUGAGGAGAAUCCUAAUAUCGCGAGCUUGGUCUACCUCGUUUCUGAAUGCGUGACAAAUGGAUCUUUAAGAAGUCACCUUACUGAGUGGAGGAAGCGUGAAAUGCUCAAAUGGCCCCAACGGGUUUGCGCUGCCAUUGGCAUUGCGAGAGGGGUUCAGUUUCUGCAUAAUCUGACUGCUCCUGGGAUCGUACAGAACAAUCUCAACAUAGAACAUAUCCUGCUGGACAAGACCCUCACGUCUAAGAUCAGCAACUUCAGUCUUCCAAUGAUAUCAACUAGCAAGAACGGCAAGAUUCUCUCAGAGACCCCAUUUGCUGUCCAUGAAGACAAUGAUAUUGGCAGUGCUCAGAACGCGGCACAAGGUGACAAGGAAGACAUCUACCAGAUUGGCCUAAUUCUCCUGGAGGUGAUCACAGGCAAACCAACAGAGUCCCAAAGGCAACUGGAGUCCCUGAAAGCUCAGCUAAGUGAGGCGCUAACUGAAGACCCAGACAGGCUGAAAGACAUGGCAGACCCGGCGAUACACGGUACUUUUGCAGUGGACUCACUGAGCACAGUUGCCGAGAUAGCCCUCAAGUGCACGACUGGCGACCCAAGCGACCGACCUUCCAUCGACGACGUGCUCUGGAACCUGCAGUACUCCAUGCAGGUGCAGGAUGGGUGGGCGAGCAGCGAGAGCUUAGGCUUGAGCGUCAAAUCUCAGGCUUAGAUAAAGGCGCAGUGAUUCGGUUCCUAUGCAAAUGAUGAUUAUGAAGCUCUAUGCGCCAUCACUCUGCCUCUAGUUUUCUGGGGUUUUUUUUUGGGAGGAAGAGAGGUCGUUGGUAUAGUCUCUACUGUAUAUAUGUGGACCUUACUUUUUUCAGAACUGUUGUUUAUGGUACCUGUAAAACUCAGGUUCUCUUAAGCGUUUGUCCACUCAACAGAUAUGUGCUGCCAUUUAUGGAGCAGCACACAAGCAGUAGUUAAAAUGGGACUUACAGCCUAAA